UGCGCAGUGGUGGUGCGCUACAAAAUAUCUUCAUCUUAAAUUCAGUUAUUUUGGUAAUCGUGUACUGCGUUUAGUCGCACGUGAAGUUUGUUUAUUUUCUGCAACAAAUAAUUCAAUCCCACUUGCUGCAAUAAUAACAGAAAACCGCAUUUCGAGUGGAAUUUGUAAAUAAUGGCCCGUUUACUGGAACCCAUAGACCUAAGCAAACUUGCUGAAGAAGGAACAGAGUUUCGAGUGGAUGCAGAUUUCGUUAGAGAUAAUGUGAAGUCAGACGAAGAGGGUGAAGUGAGUAAUUCGGAACAAGGGAUCCAACAGUGUAACACAGAAUGUAUUGGGAUUUUUGACGAAGAUGUGUAUGAAGAAGGUGAACCUUUUGAAAUAAUCGGAAAAAAAAUGACCAGUCUCGUACCAAAUGGUAAGAUAAAGAAACGUGUAAUCAGAGAAGGUGCGGGCGAUAAACCGACUGAAUAUUCAAUGGUCAAAAUUCAUUUUAAUGCUUAUGUGGAAUAUGAUGAGAACCCUUUCGAUUCAACCUAUAUGAGAAAUAAACCUUAUGGAUUUAUCGUGAAUGAUGGUAGAGUUAUUGCCGGAUUAGAUUUUGCUGUACAAUCAAUGAAGCCCAAUGAGAAAUCCCAAUUUUUGAUUCAUCCAGACUAUGCGUAUGGUAGGAAUUGUUCACUAGGACGUGUGCCUUCAAAUGCCACAGUGUUGUUUGAGGUGGAGUUAUUGGAAAUUGUGCAUUCUGGGGCUGUACUCACAUAUGAAAAAUUACCAGAAGACCAACAAAAAGAGUUCUCCGAAAUUUAUAAAUAUUGUGUAGCUUUGUGUGAACGGGGGAAAAAAUCAUUUAGUGAUCGUCAGUAUUUGAAAGCUUUGAUAGACUACAAUACAUGUGCCGCUAAACUUGAAAAAGUCACCCUUCAUUACAAAGAUGACAUCGAGAAACAUCGACAAUUAUUGUUAAAAGUUUACACAAAUUUGUUAAUUUGUUAUACUCGUAACAAGGAAUUUCGUAAAGCUUGUUUGAAUGCCAAAAAAAUUUAUGAUGUUACAAAAAAUGGGGAAUUAAUAAAAAUUCAUCCCAAGGUAUAUUUUAAUCAUGCAAAAUGUUUACGAUAUCUUGGAGAAUAUGACAGUGCCAAAACAUUCUUAGAUAAAGCACACAAAAUGGAACCAAAAAAUCCAGAAAUAGCAAAUGAAAUGUUAAAUUUGGAUAAUGAUAGAGCAGAGCACAGACAACAGGAGGCCAUAUUUGCCAAAGCAUUAAUGAGGGAAUCACAUGAGAGUUAAAGUUCAGUAAAUUUAUUUAAGUAAUCAGUUGAUUUUAACAUUGAAAUAAGUUUUAGUUUUGUGUUUAUUAUAUCGAAAUGUUUAAAAUAUUUUUAUAAUAAAGAAAUUAAAAUGUUCUGAUCAUUUAA